CCCAUUGGCAUACAGGGCGAAACAGCGUAGGGCCAGUCAUGUGGGAUCUAUAACCGGUGUCGGUACCACCAACGAUUUAAAUUCUGCUUCCGAGUGACUUUAUUGAUCCCGGUAUCGUACACUCAAGUGGAUUCAACAGAGACACGAGUUAAGCCAUGCAUAGUGCACUUAUUCCAACGUUGAACCGCUAAAAGAAUCGUGUACCUGGAUGUUACCAACUAGAUGAACGUUGCAACAUCCGUUGCUCAUUGGGGAAGUAUCAUCAGCAGGACGAGAUUUUUAAUUGGACUACAUCGUAUCCAAAGUUCAAACGGUGAUCACAGUCGGUUCCCUAACAUAGGCAAAAUUGUCGGUCACUGAGGCUUUGGCUCUCAGUAUGACAUAAAUUUGUUUGUCUGGCGUUGUUGGUGCAGGGAUAGCGAAAGAUCGACAACAGGUGAUGUCAACGUCAAACGGUUGUGGCGAAUUAAUGAAAUCUCAGUCCGACGAUAUCGUGCCGGAUUCAGCGUUUGAUUUGCUUACGAUCUCGGUCUCGUCGGAAUGCCGUGACCUUUGCGAAACCGAACAACACGACUGCUCGGAUAAAAAUAUCGACCAUGUUAGCGAAGGAACGCGGAAUGGCGACCAGAGUAGGACGGUAAACGCACGCCGAAGGUGGAAACUGUUGGCAAAGGCCCUGCGACAUGACUCUAGUGAAGACGAUCAAAUUCUAAAAUUCAACCUUAUCGAGCUGGACCGGGUGUGCGAUGAAAAAGAUGAAAACAUUUAUGUGUACCGGUUGGCUGAUCGGUACCGGUUGAAAAUCCGAUUGAUUGGGGAGCGACCGUGGACAGCAACAGAGCUAAUGGGAUUCAACAAUACCGGCAACAUUUGCGUGUGGCCAUCAGAGGAAGCUUUAGCGUAUUAUAUACUGUCACGGUUGAAUAUUUUUGAAAAUGCCAACGUACUUGAGUUGGGUGGUGGUAUGACGUGCCUAGCUGGUUUGGUUCUUGCGAAGUAUGGCAAUCCUUCAUUCGUCCACGUAACCGAUGGAAACGAUUUAUCGGUGAAAAAUGUUGAAAAAUCUCUCCCUCUGAACAAGUUCAACUGCACCAUUAAAACAUCCGUCCUGCAGUGGGAAUCAGCGAGCAAUAAUCAAAUUUCCUACGGUUCCGACCGUUCCCGGUAUCAAUUCAUUCUGUCGGCAGACUGUCUGUUUUUCGACGAGUCACGAUCGCAUCUAAUCGACACCAUAUGGAUGUUUCUCGCGGACAAUGGGGUAGCACUCAUAACUGCACCCCGCCGGGGCCAAACCUUGGUCCAUUUUCUCGACGAAUGCGUGGCGAAGGGUUUCUACUAUGAUUUGCUGCAUUGCUACAAUGAAGCGAUCUGGAACAAACAUCUGGAGCUGAUCCAAACCGAUGGAUACGACGAAAACAUCCACUACCCGGUUUUGGUGAGAAUGUACAAAAAAGAUUUUGAUUUGCGUCACGCUUGAUAUUUUCGCCCAAGUGCAUCUUUGUUAUAGUUAUUCCAAAGCAAUAGUAAAUCGAACACGCUAAAACGGUUGCGCUUGACGAUUCCAACAACCGGUGCGCAAGUUCAGUGUUUGCCGCGAAGGUGAUUAGCGGGUGUAGAAUAAUUUAUGAUAUACGCUUGCAGAGUCUGUCCUUAGUUCUAGUCAAUUCGCGGGGGAGUCGAUGGGCAGUGAUCUUGUAAUUGUUUUUGUUAACAAAUAGUCGAACCCGCGUUAAAUUAGAUGUUAAGGGAGGGAGCACCGAAGUAAGAAUUUAAUUCCACAGACUGAACACUUCCUUCCGGAAAUGACCAAUGAAUCGUAAUAGCGAGCGUAGAAAUAUUUAUUUUUUGAUUAGUAUGAGAAGUUCGUUAGAAAUAAUCUAGAAUAAUAGUCAGAAAAGUCAUGAAAUUGUUGAAAAUUUCCUUUAUUUAAGAUGUUCUGCUCGGUCAGUAGAUUUAACUUUCCCUAAGUCAGUUUAAUUAAAUCGAAGAUUUGCUUUGGAACAAAGUUCUUUCAAUAAAAUAAGUGACCCUUGUAAAAUAUGUAUAUAAAAGAAAUAGAUAGUUUUAAUAUUCUAGCCAAAAUUAGCAAAUUUGUUAGCGGUAGCGGAACCGUUAGCUUUUAACGUAACGAUUAGUUGAAUAAUCCUAUCGAAGCUUUAUGAUAUGACACACGGUGAAAUUCAACCAUUGAUACUAAUUUAAACACAUAUAACCAAAGCAAACAAAAAUUUCACAUUGAGUAGAAAAAUGUCAUAUACGUUCAUUAUCAACCCAUUACUGCUCAGCUAAUUGUUCAUGUUCAGCAAAAAUUGAGCUCACUGGGUGAAAAGAAUAGACAUGGUCAUUGAAUUAAAAAUAUUUUCGUUCACGAACUAUAUCUUGUAAAUAGGAUCUAAACUGUUUAAAAUUAAUUGUCUCCUAAGAUACCGUGGUCGCCGCAAAGUAAACUUUCAAAAAGUGAUUCCUGGAUAAUUGAGUUUCACGGUUAAAGCAACGUUGAAACGACCCAGCGAAUAGAUUAUCAAUAUCAUCAAUAGCAUUAACACAAUUUGUAGUGCUCCGAUCUUUAUGAAAUUUUAAGGGUAAUUUUUCUUUGUUUUAGAAUUUCGGGAAAAAAAUCGGUUACGUUAAAAUGGACAAAAGUGUUUGACCCCUCAAAGCAAAUGAAAAUCACCGAUUUACUCAUUUUAACUUUAUCGAUUUUUGGUAAGUUUUAUUUUUAUUUUGACGUUUAGUCACAGACUAACAGACAUAACGAUAUGAGGGCACGCCCUCAAAAAACAUCGAUCCGACAAUUUUCCCAGAAUACUAGCACCCUUUAAUUCACGAUCCCAAACACUCAUUUGCUAGUGGGUUACCCCUCAGGUUUAGGGACAAUUUUACACUAGUGGUCUAUCUCCCAUAUGCUUGUUCAUAUGUCAGUGGCGCCAUAAUUGCAAAUGUGGCCACAGUCCCAACUAUAAAUAUUUUUAAAAAGACCGUUAAAGCAGGCGAAGCAUUGUUUUCGAGUGUUAUGUUUGUUAGUCUGUGGUUAAGUCGACAACACCUGUUACACUAAUGUUGUACUAACAGGGGAACAGAUCGAAAUAAUGAACAAUUGUAAUAACGGGAAUGGGAUUCCGUGAAAAAAAAUCUUCCGCUGUACUGACUUAGAUUCGAACCUAGCAUCUUGGGCGAAACCGGAGCUGAAGCAUGAUAAACCGGCCGACCGCAAAAUAUAACCAUUGUUGAUUCGAACGAAGCUUUGCAGUUGUAUUCGGUUUAUGAAUGUCCAUGAUUUUUUUCUGGCUAUUCCAAUUUUUAUUUAAUGGGUAAUUUUACAAAAGGGCGUAGACGUUUCUUCGUGCAUUAAUUUCCUAAAUUUUCUGGCCGAUAGCUCUAUUUUAUACAGCAAAACUAUCUGAGAAUGAAAAAAAUAUACACUGAAAAAAAUGUUGUGUCAUUUUUCACAAAAACAAAAGAACGGUGGACUGAAUAGGAUUUGCGCCUACUGAAAGAUGGAUGUUAGUUGAAGAUUUCGGUGGGCGAAGAGAAUGAAUUACAUUAGGACAAUUUCAGUUUGACAAAAGGAAUGGGAAUCUUCUAACUGAUCUCAUAGUCGGGAUUGUCAAAUCAUAUCAGCAUCAUAUAAAAUACUUGCAUGAGAAGAGUGCAAUAGAAGCUUAUUCCAGCGUUUUGAAAUUGAUCAUUACCGUAAGAUUUCCCAUCAUGUUGCGCUCCUUUUUGAAGGGAUGUACAAAAAUAUAGAAAAAUGACAUUUUUCAAUGGGAAGCGAAGAUGAAUAGGUUGAAUGGAUAUGAAAUUGCACGAAAUUCCGACAUUUGCUGCAAAUUAAUUUGAUUAAUAACGAAAGCAAUACUUUGGUAAAUUAGAAGGAAAAUCAUGAAAAACGGUGUUUUCGGUUUGUCUCUAGUAGGUUAGGAUCGAUUUAAUUGGACUUUUUUUUUGUCAAAUUACCGUAGAUAGGAAUAUUUGAGGUCAAGAUUACGUCAUUUUGAAACCGUCAAUUUUGGAGGAUCUCUUCGAAAAUUUUUACAGACGUAUUACAGCACAUAUUCUGAUAUGCUUUGAAACUUCUCCUAGAAGUAGUCUUGGAGAAUUAGGUUUUCAAACAAGUUUGGUUCGAUACUUAAAGUCUUCAAUAAAGUUUUCGAAAGUGUUAUUGUGAUAUUACUAUAUACGGUAAAUGUCGACUGUUGUUUAUAAACAAUAAUAUUCAAGUUUCGUCGCAGGGUUGAGUUUCUGAAAAAAAUAGAAAGCUAUUUUGAAAAUAUUUUUAUUUAAGAAAUUUUCAUAAAUAUAGUUUUAUAGCUCGAUAUGCUGCACCUUCAACAAAGUUUUAAGUGACAUUCUCAAAAACUACACAUUGUCUAUAACCAUUUUUUUUUCUCCAUAAUGACUUCUAGGAGAUUAAAGUACUAUAAUUAAUAUAUCAGAAUACGCGAAAUUACAUGUUAGAAAACAUCCUCGAAGUUUUUAAACCUUCAAAGAUAACGAUUUUGGAAUUAUGUCAUUUUAACCAUAAGAAAAGUUUGCGAACAUUUAUUCCACUCAAAAAAACAUAUUCUUAAACUGCUAAAACAUAUUGUAAAAGAAAGUUAUCUAUGGAUGUUGGAAAGCUGUUCAAUAUUGAUUAUUCUUGUUUGUAGUUCAUUUUAUGAAAGUUACAUUAAAUUUUACUAAACCAAAUUUCUGGCUACGCCACUGGAACAGGAGAUAUUAUGACGUAGCAUAUUUCUAGCGAAGACUAUAUCAUCUCCAGCCCUGAAAUGAGUCGAUAGUUUUGAUAGAUUUAAAUUCAUUCGCGAAUUAUGUUGCACGCUCUUGAAAGAAGCUCUAUUUUUCAUCUCAUCGUGGCCAUGCACAGAGGAGUAACUGGGGUCGAAUCCUGGCCAAAAUAAUUUACUGCCGUUAUUGCGGUUAUUAUGCCUGAAUGUGAACUUAAAACAGACAAUAACUAAUUUAUAGAACAAUUUGGCAUUUAUCCACCUACCAUUGCAGAGGUCAAUUUUCUAUAUCCUUUCGUAUACUAGUAAUCUCGAGGAGAUCUUUGUGAAAACAUUUGUUUUUCUAGUUGCAUAAACAGAACAUUCGUGGAAAAAGGAAGAGUGGAAAGGACGCCUGUGCACGUAUCCAUAGAGAUACAUUUUUCCAAACAUAGUAUUUGACCCUACAGCAUUUCAGUUUUCCCCAAAUUAGUAAAAAUUCAAUAUUUUCAAAUAUUUUUUAAAGUUGGUGCAAUGCACAGCAACACUACUAUUUUCAGUUAGUUUUAGGCUGAGGUUAUACAAAUGGUUGUGUUCAACUACGCUUGUAACAAUAUUGCCUUAUUUAAUACGGUCAUCAUCUCUAGAAAGCGAUAUUGCUGGAUAUAUAGUAAAAAUGAGUAAAAAACCCCAUUUGCAUCCAUGCAAAAAUUCUUUAACGAUUUUCGACAUAUUCCUAAUUUUGAUACGUUAUUCGGUAGGCUUUUAGGUAUGUAAAAAAAAUAUAACGAAGCAAAAGAUCAAAAAAAAUUUUUUUUUUGUUAUUGGCCAGGAAUUUGUUCUAGUGACUCCUCUGUGCCAUGUCCUUUACUAAUUUCGAGGUAUAUCUGUACUUGUACAUUAUAAGAACAUUUUUUUCAAUGAGUGAAGUUUGGCAUGUCUAGGUGGCGAUGCUUAGAUUACUAAAGUGAGAAUAGAUGCACAGAAUACAACAUUUAUUUUUAUUGAUGUUGAAAAUAGGGACAUUUCUGCUAAAUAAACCUUAUACAAAUGUUUUAGAAACAUUCACUGGUACUUGUAAAACAUGAGAAUGCGUUUGUUUCUAAGAACAGCCGUUCGGUAGACUUGGAUGGAACGCCCAACUCCUACUAGCAGAAGGCAAAAGAUUCAUCAUAUAUCCUUUAAAUCAUGUCCAUAUGACCCUGCCUAGUCCUAGUUUUCCGUUUUAAGUUUAUAACUGAUUCGCUCUAGAAUACCUAUCUGUCUUUCAAUUUCAUUGCUUUCGUUUCACUUUAUCUUAGAUUUGCCAAAAAUAGCCAAAAAUUUUUUUGUUGGUUUGUAUUUCUGCAGCAUCAAAUUAAUCUCUGGCGAUAAAAUAUGGGACACUCUCGAAACCGCUGUGUGAAGUUUUCGAAAUUCGUGGUGGGAUAAUGAUUCUAUUUUUUCUCUUUCUUGACUAACAAAUUAUUCAACCACAAACAAAGCAAUAUAACUGCUGAAGUCAAAUUACUGUUGUCGAUUCUGUCAGCAUGCUGCUUAAAGCGCAAUCCAUUAUUGGAAUGCUGGUGAGAGAAAUGUAACGCAUAUUUCUAGUUUUUGAAUGUCUUAAGAAGGCUCUGUUGUUGCUACAUAGUGCCGCUCUACGCAUAAUUGUCCCAUGUAUAUAUGGAAUCUACAUGCGUAAAGCGGCAGUAUAGCUCUUAUAUAACACCACAUGUUUUUGGUGAACUGUCCAUAAAAGAAUGUUAAAGAGCAAGUUUUUCAAGAGUUCCACUAUAUUCGAAAGAUCGUAUUGGUGUGCUCUGAUGUUGAUGAAACUUUCAACGUUUGUUAAUGCAAUUGUGGGAUAGACAUUGGCCAAAAAUCAGCGGGAAGUGGGGUAAAAUGGGCAUAAAAAAUUGAUUAGACAUAAAAUGGGCAUCAAAAAUUGAUUCGAAAAAUAAGCUGAAAUUUUAAUUUUGGGCAAUUUCUGAUUAUGUCUACUUUUUCUGAAAGGACUUUAGAAGGGGUAGCAUAUAGGAUAUAAUGAUAUGAUAGCUAAUGCGUAACCGUAUUUGUAAUCGACAUAUUAAAAACACUUAUAUUUUACCUUGAAAAACUAAAAUUUUUAAAAACGUUAUAGCUCUUUGCAACAAUCCAAAUCAGAGUAAAUUUUAGAGUAAAAUUCUGACUAUAAGUUUGUGGAAAACAUAUUUGCAGAAUAUCUGUUUACUCGGGGUUACUUUGCAACCCUUAAUUAAAUUAAUUAAAUUAAUUAAAUUAAACACACCUUUAUGACGGCGAUUUAUUAAGAGCUAAAGCAAACGUGGUUAGAAACACAUGGUUAGUUCGAUGCCCCGUAUUUCUUAUUAACCUCUCUCACCCUUUCUUUCCUUAUCGUCACCGAAUUCUCCGUCCCCACAAAUCUUUUUUUUAUUAUUACUGUACUGUUCCUUUAGUGCCAUGAAUUACAGCUAUUGAAGAAAUUCAAUUCUCUAAUUUACUACUACUUCAAUAUCCAUUGUAAGUGAAACUUCGAAUACUUGCCCAAGACUCGGCCUGGCCUUAAUAGAUAAUAAAUCAACGUAUCAAGGAACCAAUAGAAUAAGCAAACUUAACUAGUCAGCUCAGUGUCAGUUUACCAUCCAAUAGAUUACACUUAAAACAUCUUGUUACCAAAAUUAUUCUAUUCCGGACAAGUUUGUAAAAAGUAGUGAGACAUCUCACCCGAAUUAUCUAAAUAGUUUACCUAGUUGCUAAGAUAGCGAAUUUAUUUCGUAUGGUAAUACGACUUGUUGGAUUGUUUGUUGAAAGAAUACGGUAUUUCGGAAAAAUAAUAAAACAAAAUUGUUACGAAAAUCAAUUCCA